AUGGGCGAGAUCAUAGACGGAUUAGUAUCCGUAACGCUCGAGAAGAGGCCGGCAACGCGUCACGGGAACCAGAUAAAAGACACCCUAACCAACCUGAAGGAGUUGCACUCGGACAUCUGCGCGAGAAUCCAGGAGCAGAAACUGGAGGACCACAAACCAGAGACGAUGGACCAGCAGACAUCCCCGAUCCCAUGCAAGCUGACGGUGUCAUCGUCACUAAUCUCAGAAGCCCCGCAUGGAGAUGCAUGGUCCACCGCGACCCGUAGGCCCAGACGCCGACCAUUCAACGCGUCUGAAGAGCCAGAACAGAGACCCAAAGCGACAACGACCCAUCCACCCAGGCGACAAAGGCACGACGCAAUCAUAAUUGCCACAAAAGGAGACCUUUCUUACUCCGACAUCCUAAGGAUGGUGACGAGGAGAGACGACGGGAAGCUGAAGGAAGUUGGAAAAAAUGUUGACAGAGUCCGGCGCACAGCAAAGGGAGAGCUCCUGCUCGAGCUAAAUGGCGCUCAGAAGGAAAAUACUGCCCAGCUGAAGGAGGAGAUAGGCCAAGUCCUUGGUACGCUGGCAGGCGUCAGGGCGCUGGUAAGCGAAACUUUCAUCGAGAUCCGCGACAUCGAUGACCUUGCCACCAAAGAGGAGGUCGCUAUGGCACUGUCUCUUCAGGUGGACCACCAAGUGGAAGCAGAAUGCAUUAGGGCUCUACGACCGGGAUAUGGAGGUUCCCAGGUGGCUGUCGUCGGGCUUGCGGACCCGCUGGCAAAGCGGCUUUUAGAGGCUGGAAAACUCAAGAUCGGGUGGACAAGAUGCAGGAUCGUAGAGCGAUCAGGACAGAGGCGCUGCUACAAAUGCCUAGAGUUUGGGCACAUCGCAGCCAGGUGCAAGAGCGACGUCGACCGCAGCAACUGCUGCCUCAAGUGUGGCAAGCGUGGCCACAAAGUAGCGGAGUGCACAAAUGAUCCCAGAUGCUUCCUCUGUACCGUAAAGGAUCCGGCUGCGGCGAGCCACAUAGCUGGCAGCAAGAGGUGCCCGAGAAGCAGACCAGAGCCUAAUCACCGCAUAGCGAAGUGA